AUGGCAAUCACGGAAUCAUCGAUCAAGGCCAACCACGGGGCCUCUGUUCCCGAUACGAGUGCGUCUCAGGAGCAAAUGUCUCAAGCUACAUGGCUCCAGUCCAGGGGAAUCAAGGUCGCAGACCGCGUUCGGUUGGCCAGGCUCUCUCAUAUGCGUUAUCAGCAUCCAGACCUGGACGCGUUAGCGGAUUUUAUGCUGGAUUUUGGAAUGGUGAUAGCAAAAAGAACCGAGAAUGAAAUCUGGUUCCGAGGCUAUGGAAUCGACCAGUAUGUCUACUAUGCAACGAAAGGACCAAAGAAGUUCUUGGGAGGAGUAUUCGCAUUCGACUCGGAAGAGGAGUUUGAGAAGUAA